AUGAAUUCGAAGAAGAGCGGAGAGGAACCUGCUAGAACCGACAUUCCGCAGACGCCAGUCAAAGAGAUGCCUUCGGUAUCACUCAGUUUCGAGGCGUCACCAGCAGACGUGCCCAUGUUUGGACCGAUGACACGUACGACGUCGGGCUCCUGCAGCCUCCGAGUGCACCGUUCAUCGCCUAUCACUGUUCCUAUGGCGAGUCGCGAAGCCACUAUAAUGGACCAGGACUUGGACCAAGGCACCCAAACUGCCUUAGGAUAUUUACCUACAGGCACUGUCCCGGACUCUCCCGCUCCUUUGCAGAGGGCUUCCGUGCAAGAAGCUAUCAUCAGCAAUGCUAUGAGGGAGAGCCGUUUUUCAGCUUCUUCCGAUCUCGAGAUCUUCGGCAACCCACUUCCUACUCCUAUGCCUGGCACUAACCUUCCUCUUGAGGUUGUUGCAGCUCCAGGCAUCAUGAUCACUUCCCCUUCAGCUCCGUCCAUGCAGGCGAAUGAUCAACCAGGCUACUUCGACGGUGUCGUCGUUCACGUUGGGAACGGUUACGAGCGCACCAGGUCUUUGGACACCGAGAGUGGAUUCCCAACACUUGACGACGCGCGCAAUAGUGCAAUGGAUGCCAGCAACGAGGGGCACGACGACGAAGUCAUCCCGGGCCAUCCUACGGUUCCGGAAGUUAAUCCAGCUUCCUUCGAUGAGUCUUUUCCAGUCGUCCCAAUGAACAUUACUGUCGCCACAAGCGCGCCGAAGUCUCCUUCCGGCUCGAAUGACUACGGCGAGAACGUGGCAUACGUCGUGUACGAUAGUCCAGGCGCUUCCGACGCAGGACGAAAUCGGAAGCAAUGUCUCGGCCACUGGGGUCGCUUGACCAGCCACUGCUCUAUCCAUCCUGUCGACAACGACACGGGCUAUGGUUGGAGUGAGACGUCUUCGAGCCCGAAUUACUGGACAGACAAUACUGAAGCCGCAACCAAUGAUGGGACUGAGCUGACCGAGUACACCAGUCCCGGAGACGCCACUGCUGAAGCCGCUGCUGAGGCUAAACUGAUGGCCGCAAUUGAGGAGCUCGACGCUGCUACACUUCACGCCAAGCCACAGUCACCUAUAGAUGGGAAGAAGGCUCUGCAGGACUUUGUUCGCGCCUAUACUCGACUUCGAGAAGGUACUGACGAUGCUGUUGGCGGUCUACCCCUCGCAGAAGGACCGGAUAGCAUCACGCAAGAGAUGAAGGAAGAGGUCGAGACCUCGAUCCGCGUCAUGAACAGGAGUCUGGGAGGCUGA